AAUGUUAAAUAGUUAAUUUUUCAACAUAAAGCAGGAUCUUUUAUUUUUAUGAUCCUUCAAGAGGGAUACUCUUGAUGACUUGUACAUUUACUCGUAGUUCUUAUUGUUCUAGCUUCUUUUUCAAUCUCAAAUUGUAGACAAAAACCUUUAUUAUGUUUUUUUUUUUAAAAAAAAAACUGCAGUCAUGACUCAUGAGUGCAGGAAAAAAUUUUUGAGUACGAAACAAUUCACUCAUUACGUUCGGAAACAUUUUUUAAAAAUUAAAAGAAUUCUUAAAAAAAAUCUAUUGUUAAAUCUCCUUAACCCUUGAACGGAAAAAUGAAAGAAAAAUGAUAAAAAGCUUUUAUCCCAAACAAUUUUAAUCGGGGUAAUUGAGCAAAUUGUUGAAUUCAGUUUUUUCCUCUCCACAAAAAUGAGAGUUUUUACGUAUCUCUUUUUGUACCAUUGAAAAAAGGUUUUGGAGGGAGUUGCUUAGAAAUAGCUUUCUUAGUGAUUUCGCUCUUACUCCUUAUACUAUAUAAUAAUAUGCAAUUUUUGAAUAAAAAUCAGUUCAGUUCAAUUCAUUGAUCAAACAACAUUACAAAAAAUGGCAUUUAAAUUCUUCUCAUUCUUUGCCCUCGUUGCCGUCGCAAGCUGCGGAGUUGUCUAUGACCAACCAGCUUAUACUUACUCACAUGCAGCUCCAGUUGUACACCAACCAGCUUAUACAACAUACUCACAUGCUGCCCCAGCUGUCCAUCAUGUUUCUCCAGUCGUAGCUCAACCAGCUUAUAUCAAGCAAGCAUAUGUUGCCCCACAAGUCAUCACAAAGAUCGCUCAACCAGUCGUUCACAAAGUUACUGAAGACUACGACCACAAUCCACAAUACUCUUUCGCUUAUGAUGUCCAAGACAGUUUGACCGGAGAUAGCAAGUCACAACACGAAUCAAGAAACGGAGAUGUUGUUGAAGGACACUACUCACUCGUUGAUGCUGAUGGUUUCAAGCGUACAGUUCACUACAAAGCUGAUCCAAUCAAUGGAUUCAAUGCUCAAGUCGAAAGAGAACCACUCACCCACAAAACAGUUGUUGCUCAACCAACAAUCGUCAAAACUAUCCAACCAGCACUCGUCAAGACUGUCCACUCAGCUCCAGCUUACUACCAUCAUUAAGAAACUUUCUUCGAAUUCAAACCAUCAUUAGUGAUUAUAUUCAAAAAGUGAUAUGAAAGCUCAAAAUUAUAAGUUUUCAAUUUAACAUUUAAUUUCAUUCAUAAUGAAUGCUAAAAUUGUUAAACUUUCAAAAGAAAUAAAUCAAAGCUAAAGAAUGCAAAAUUUAAACACAACUGACUUAUUUAUUUUUAUUUAGAAAUAGCUCAUUAAGUCAUGUAUCACAAUAGAUCCUGACACAGAUGCAGUUCCAUAAACAAUAAUAGAUCUAUCGGCCUAUUUCACUAAAGUAGAUUUUCCUCGAUUUCGGAUUAUCCACUUCAGUUUUUUGUAAAUAUCUUAAACUUUAUUAGAGGUGUGGUAUUUCUAAUUUUGGAUUAUAAUAGAGUGAAAUAUGCCUGAAAUUUCUGUAUACUUUAAACUUUUGCUUUUCGUUAAGAAGUAUUAAUUAUUCAGUUUUGUAGCCAAAUCUAGUAGAUUAACUUCGAUUUUUUCUAUAAUUCUCAAACUAAUGAAGAUAUAAAAAUUCUAAGCAUAUGUUAAUUUAAGUAGCAAAGGACUCUAACUUGAUCACACAUUAGAUCUCUUAAUAACCUUAAGCGUCUGGAGAUAUAUCCAAAAAACCGAAGUGGAUAAUCCGAAAUCUAGGAUAAUCCACUUUAGUGAAACAUGCCGUAUGAUUUACAAGUACAAUAGUUUCUUCCAAGUUUCUUCUUCGAUUUAAUUUUGAAAAUAAAAAUGUUUAAAAAUAUAUUCACAAAAGUUAAAUUUAAAAAUAAGAAAAACGUGGUAAUAUUGCGUUGUAUUAAAUUGUUACUAAA